AUGGAUCUUCAAAGCAUCAGCUUCGCGAGUCCCUGUGGCGUUGAGCUCUAUCGUUUUGAUUGUUAUCGCAAUUCGUACUUAAAUGUCAUAAUUCAUGCGGCGUGGGGGGUUGUCGUCAGAGCAUGGCGCUCUUCAGUGUACGCGAACUCUUUGGUCCACACGGGACGACAGAGCGACAACUGGGAUGAUCUCUCCAACAUGUUUUCCCCUUGCAAUGUCGAGAACGAACGAGGGUUCACACCUGCCAAAAUUGCGUGUGCAGCGACGAAGUACCCAGAGAAAGUGUCCGCAUCGUUCAUUAGAACACGUGGUGGACUUAGUCUCCAUGCAGCGUGA